AAAACAAGAACUUGUUACCAAAUCGAAUCAAUAAAAAAAAAACAUUGAAAGACGACAGCACAGGAGGUGAAUAUCCAGACAAAAACGAGGUAGAAAGGAAAGACGAUGAAGCGUGGAAUUUUGCUGGACAAGGACGGCUGAUCAUGUGCGGCUGGCCGAAAUCGCAUCUCACAAAAGUUCGUGCUUGGCUGCCAAUUUCAAUCAACUUCAGCUUCAGGACCCCUGGGCAGCGGCAAACGGUAGCACCACAACGAGCAGCCGUUCGGGGCUAUUGAUCUGCAGCGGACAACUGCAGGCGGCGGAUGGCGAUGCUCGAAGCUGCUCUUCCGGCUACGACUACCGAAGUCUUGCGUUCCACAUCAACAGUUGGCUGGAUAAUCUUCCGGCGGAUUCGAAAUGGAACAGGUCGUUGGUGGCGGUGAGGAUCGCCGGAGCGGCGCCGGAUACUUUGCUGGCCGAUCAUUUGUACCAAAGUAUCCGUCGUGAAUUAGUUGGCCAAGAAAAAGAUUGUACAACAACAGCCGAUGGACACUGGACAGAGCGAAUCGGUUGUCAACUGGCCAAGGAUACGCGUCUGACGAUUGUACUGGCCGGAAUCGAUCGACUCGAUUCGUGGGGCCUCAUGUCGCUCGACAAGCUUCCGGAGAACGUUCGACUCAUCGUCACAUGUUCCAGCCCGCUGAAAGACGUCCGCGGAUGGACAACCGUUCACAUGUCUUGCCCAGGAGGACCUCCGCCCUCCGCAUGGUCUUCGGACGCAAUCCUGGCUUCCUUCACCUCCUCCGCCGACACGAUUGACGCCAUUUUGACGCCGUUCUUUGACAAUAUCGAGAACCAGUAUCCGGCGGAUUUCGUCCGUAAAACAUGCGCCGUCAUGAACCUAGCUUCUGGCAUGGCCGGAUGUAAUUCUUCCGGGCUGACGGAAGAGGAAUGGCGUCAAUGUCUGGAAUCCCUGUCCGUGGGCGACAGUCUCCAACAACACCUCGGGCAGUUGAUCCAAUCAUUAGACGCCCUUCUUAUCCGAGUGGAUGCUCAUUCGGCUUCCGGCGGACUCACGACACCGGAAAGAGGUGACGAGGAUCGUCGAUUGGAAUUGCCACUCUCCUCGGCGUACACUUGGAGUCAACCGGCUUUGUCAUUUGCCCGCCGGAGAUACAAACAGAGUGAAAACUUGGCCGCGUCUGCAUUUACCGCCAUCCCAUCCGCAUUGAAAUGCAACGAAAACAACAGCGUCGUUGAUGCGUCCGUCGCCGCGCUUCGCUGGCUCGCUCGUUUCUAUUCGAUUGUUGGCGAAACGUCGAUUUACCUGGAACGAGAUCUAUUCGAGGAAACUUUGUUCGAUUGGAGGACGUGGCGGAUGGCAGCACGUGCUGGAAGGCUCGGUUUGAGCCUCAUUUCGGCCAGCGUUCAGCAGUCGUCUAUCCGAUGGAUCGACUCUCAUCUCUGGCUACUCGAACGCUCUUUGCCCUGGAUCAGUCAAGUCGAUUGCAACGACUGCGGUGUUAUAGCAUUGCAACAGCUGGCUAGCCAGUUGAUAGUGGCUCUCAAACCUUACGCAGAUAAAGAGAAUAGCAACAAUCACUUGUGGCGAUUGUAUUGCGAUGCCCAAACGGAAUGCGAUCAAUUUAGCGGACCCGUUCUGGUGUCCAUGCCAUCCGGCUGGAACUGGAAUCAUUCAGGGAAGCCACUAGAAAGAAAAGUGGACGUCUUCCAGCGCGAGCCGAUUCAAUUAAUGACCGCCAGUCCAGAUGGCCAGUGUCUUGUCUUGGUCACAGCCGAUCCUAUUGAUCCUUUCUUCAGCCUAUCGUCGGCCACCGGACGCCGGAUAGCCGUUUAUAAAGGCCACAGUGGCCGCGUGACUUGUGUUCACGUAACAGGCGACGGCCGUCACGUUAUUAGCGGGAGCGAAGACCUCAGCGUCAUCGUCUGGGAUUUUUACAGCGGCAACAUCGCACUGCGGAUCAGAGAACAUAUCGCAUCCGUCUCUGUCGUGUCGUCCGUUGUUUCCAGCUCGCUGAUUCUCACCGGAGGAGAGGAUAGUAUUGUUAUGUCAUUCCAAUGGCAGCCGGGCAAAGGUCAAAACUCAGAGUCUCGACUGGCUCGCAUCGAUCAUCAUCGCGGACCGAUCACUGCGCUGGCCGUCAAUCAUCGGGAUGAUGUUUUAGUGUCCGCUUCGCAGGAUGGGUCCAUUUGUCUGUGGUCGCUGGAUGACUGGACGCUGCUGAAUCUGAUCGAAGUCGGACAACCUGUUGGACACGUCACUCUAUCACGAGACGAUGUCUUCCUAUUGGCCGUCGGAUUGGAGGAUGGAUUUCCUCGACUCUUUUCGCUCACCACAGGCUCCUCACUCAGAACUUGGACGGACCUGCCCAUUAAGGUGGUAGGGGCGGUGAUUGUUGGUGGAAACGGCCAUUCCCACGCUGCCGUGAUGGCCGAAGACGGCCGGCUGAUGUGUUACGAUUGCCAUAGCGGCCAGUUGAUCCACGCACUGUCAAUCGAUUAUCCAGGCAAAAGUGCGGCAGCAUCGUCGUCUUGCUGUACUCGGACUGAUGAUCCUCGUCUCUUUUUUCAUUCAGUGGCUAAUAAAGUGAAGAUGUGGCUGCUGCGCUACGAAGAGAAACGGCCCGUGGUGGCGGUGACCAGCCCGAUGACUUAUCUGGCCAUGUCGCCACUAGAUGGCGCCGCUGUGGCGACCGGUGACCGCUCGGGCCAAGUUCAAUUGUGGCGGGCUUCCAAUUUAUCGAAGAUCGCCCAGUGGGGCCAUCUAUCGGCGCCCGUCAGCAUCGUUAACUUUGACGCCGCUGGACUGUACGUUCGCCUCGGCGGCUGAAGACGGAACGGUGGCCGUCUGGCACUUGGAUGCUGGACAAACUCUUCCGGCCACUCAGAUACACCCAAUCGGUUGUAGGGUAAACCAAUUGGCCAUCAUGGCAGACUGGAACGGCUAUGCCGUUUCGUGCGAUUCAAA